AUGGCAGCUAAAGCAGAACACGACGCUAUCGCCCAUAUUACGUUAUUAGUGAUGGUCCAAUGGAUAAGCAUAGCUGCCAUCGUUCUCAACGCCAUCGCACUGAACGUCGCCAGUAGCUCCAGCCAGGGCCUCAUUGCGUCAAAUCCUGGCCCACAAGAUUAUUUGCUGGUCGUCCUGGGAGCAAUUUCGCUACUUGGCGCUUCGCUUUUACUAUGUCUUCACCUCCACGUAUUUCUCCAAUUGAUGGAUAAUCGUCCGUUCGCACCAUCCAAAACAAUCUUGGCGUCAGAAAUGACAACUGGCGUCAUUCUCAUUGCUCUGUGGGCUUCAGCAACAUCCAUCAUUUUGACCAAUUACCAUGUUUCAUCUCCUUGCCGUUUGGAUGGUACAGAAUUCGUACAACUGUACGGCCAAGCAUGCGACUUACUCAAUUACUCGAUCGUUCUCGCAUUUGCCGCUGUUGGUGGCUGGCUGCUGGUCAUCCUAGCUACACUGUUUACGCUGACACGAUCGUCAAUGCAUGCAUCUGUAUUUACCGUUGAAAACCCUUAUUUUACAAAACAAUCAGCGAGCGCCUUUGCCCUUUGCGCCGACAGCAAGUCAUCGACCAUGCAAUCCAUCGCGCCAUAUCAAAAACCAAAGUUCCCAUCAGCAGCAAUCGUGCCGUCAUCAGCAACUAAGAAGAUCGACAACAGCAUGGAUACCUCGGACUCAAUUCGUGCCAUCUACAAUCUAAGUUACAAUGUACAUCAUCGGCAACAGUAUGACAGUAAGCAACACCAGAAAUCAAAUGGAAAGUCGCUACGCGGAGAUGCCAAGAGCUGGUGCUCAGAUGAUUCAGCUGCAACUACUGCAGCAGGACACGACGAUUUAGAAGUUGGGGCCAAAGCAUCUAUGGAGUCUAUCUCAUUUGACGAUUUGCCACGUAUCCAGGUCGGCAUGUCUCGUAUGAACCUAUCGUUCUUCGCAGAGACGGAACAAGGACAAGAUAAAAAGACGUCCAGCAGCUCAUUAAAACCUUAA